AUGCUCCAAUUCAUUGCUUCAGCUACCACGCUUCUUACAUUUAUUCUCGCCGCUUCUGCGAUCCCCCAGAGGAGUCCCCUGACUUCUCUUCCCGUCAUCACCGACCCUCCCCCGGGCUUCAACAUCACAAGCCUCGGUGUCAACGGAUCAGGCUGCCCUCCGGGCUCAACCUAUUACCUUUUGAGUCAGGACAAGAGUUCAGUCACCGUUACCUUCAGUAAAUACUAUGCCGAAGUUGGGCCUGGAAUCCCAAUCAGCGCCAAUCGUAAGAAUUGCCAACUUACCUUCGGUGUACAAGUUCCAGGAGGCUUUUCUUUCGGACUUGCAACGGUUGACUAUAGGGGAUACUACCAAUUGGACGACAAAGUAACGGCUUCACAACAGUCUAUUUACUACUUCCAAGGACAAAUUCAACAAGCUACCGCCAGAUCAGAUCUCGUUGGCCCCGUAGAUGGUGCCGACUACACCUAUCGUGAUUCAUUUGACCUUGUUUCAACCGUCCUCUCCCCUUGCGGAGCCAGCACAGUACUCAACGUCGUGAGCGAUGUAAGGGCCAGCAACACCCGAAACACUAAAGGAAGCGGAUACAUCGCCACGGAUUCGAUCGAUACCGCACUCAAGCAGACGUAUGGAUUCCAAUGGCAAAAGUGCUAA